AUGUCGCCAGCAGCCAUCAUUGCCCUGCUCUGCUUCGGUCCCUUUUGCGCCCUCAGCAUCACGCUCGCCAACCCCAUACGGGGUCUCCCCAAACUGUCCGUAGUUUGCUCUGCCGAAGUCAUUGCGAAUCUUUCGGGGAGCGGCAACUCCCGAUACGGCGACCACAGCUUUUUGGAUGAAGUGGAAGAGAACCGCGAACUGACGAUUUUCGCCCUUCACUUUCAGGCUGUGGAACAGCCUUUCUUUGCCACCCUGAUUCUGCUCGUCGUCUCCUUCCUCCGUGUUGUCUUCCAAGCCUCAAAGCUGGGACAGAUUCUUCCCGACUCGUGGUUGGCGUCUGAAUCGGAGCACGCUUGCAAACGGUUCUUGCACCCUAUGCUUCCAACGUGCGUGCGACCGCCGCCGUGCCGUCCCAUUCAUUCUCCACCAUUUUUGGCCCGCAGAUUCAUCGGCGAGCGACAGGACCCCUUUGAUUUCUCCGCCGAGGGCUUUUUCCUCAUCAUCCUGCCCCCCAUUAUUUUCGAGGCUGGCUAUCAGCAAUGCAAUAAUCGCGUCUUUAUGGAAAACAUUGGCACCAUCCUCAUCAAUGCGAUUCUGGGCACAGCCUUCAACACCUUUGCCGUCGGUUUUGUCAUGUCUGCCAUUGCCAAUUCUUUGGGCAUUGACAUGAACCCAGCCGAGGGCCUGGUCUUUGGCGCUCUCAUUGCUGCUGUUGAUCCUGUGGCCGUCUUGACCGUGUUUGAAGAAAUGCACGUGAACGACACGCUGCACACCAUCGUCUUUGGCGAGAGCAUUCUCAACGACGGCGUCGCCGUCGUUUUGUAUCGCAUCUGCGUCUCCAUUGCCUACAACGGCAACACUUCAGAGGACUUCAGCAACCAACUCAACGCCACGGCAACCCUCUUCUUGACAUCAUCGCGGCGUUUAGAAAAAUUGGACAUCGCAGCGGCUGUGGGCACGGGCGUCGGUGCUUUCAUUGUGGUUUUUGUGGGCGGGUUGAUCAUUGGCAUCUUGCAUGGCGUUCUUGCGGCAUUUAUCACGCGCUUCUUCAUUCCCGAGUCGGGCCGUGUGAUGGAGCCGUUCAUUUUGAUCUUGAUUGGUUAUCUCUCGUACCUUGUGGCUGAGAUUUUCCACUUUUCGGGUAUUGUCAGCAUUAUGGUAUGUGGCAUGUUGAUGAAGCACUAUGCGUCCAAGAACAUUCAAAAGACCUCUCGGGUCAGCAUUCAGUACUUUCUCAAGAUCAUUUCUGCGACGGCGGAGACUCUGAUUUUUGUCCUUCUGGGCGUCGAGCUCGUCACUUCCGUGUCCAUUGGCUGGCAUACCGAGUUUAUCUUUAUUGCCUAUUUCAUGUGCCUGAUUUUUCGCGCCGUCUCAACAUUUGCCAGCUCCUGGGUGAUCAACCAAAUGCGCCGACACAAAAUCACCUUCAAGGACCAAUGCGUCAUUGCCUAUGGUGGUUUGCGCGGUGCCAUUGCGUUUGCCCUGGCUUUCAUUUUGAUUGAUAACGAGCAACUUUGUAGCGGCAACGAUGGUGAGACUACGCUGCUCCUCACCUUUGUGUUUAUGGGCUUGCAUGCAGUAACCACAAUCGUGCUGUUGCCUCCUUUCUCCCAGGGAACGACGAUCAAGCCUGUGUUGGCGGCGCUUAAUAUCUCCAUGGCCGAUGAGCAUGAGACGCUGGGGUUUGAGAAGCUCAAUACCAAGCUCGUGGACAGCAUGAUGCGAGUUGUGGAGAUUAUUUCCCACGUGCAUUCUCCCAAUUUCCUCCGGGACUUUUAUUCGCGAUUUGAUGAGAUGCUACACUUUUACAUGGUCAAACCUGGCGGUGAUUACAAGUACCUCCUUGAGCGCGCUGAAGAGGAGCAUAUGAAGAGUUUACUCGAGCGUAUUCGCCACGAGCGGCAAAAGGCGCGAGAGGAGGCAGAGGAUCGGGGUUUGGAUGAGGUGGAGGUGGACAACUUGCUAUGGCAGCGUACACAUCAGAACUUCCGUAACGUCAUGGGCGAAAUGGCCAUGCUUACAAAUCGUGCCAUGACUCUUGAAGAGAAUCGCGCACAUUUCAAGUUUGUGGCGGCUUGUGAUGGUCGCAUUCAUCGGCGAAGCAAGGAUGACGUGGCUUCCAAACUGUUGCAAGAAGUCAAGGAUCGGCCUCAUAAUAUGCGAUUCGACUAUGAGGAUGACGACUCUGGUGAUGAUCAGCAGCAGCUGGCGCGUUUUCAAGCCAUGUUGCUGCGGGAAUACGGGCCCGUAGCGGGUACAGGAGGGCGCGAAAGCUUAUCUUCGCGCCAAACCUCGGCAACGGUCCCCGUGCGACGACGUCGGGCCACCAUGACGGUCGGCGAUGAUGAGCCGGAGACACCGACCGGAUCUGCGAUGGAUCUGCCCUCCGCCAACACCCAUUUCUAUCAUCGCUCAGCGAGUACGGGAACAAACUCCAUGGAGGCAUUGCUGGAUGAUCAUGGCACGAUGCAAGAGAUGGAUCUCGAGCUGGGUCUGGCUCCAGUGCAAGAGAUGUCGCUCUAA